AUGGGGUCCCUCACCCGUUCCGAGGACAUGCGCUUCUGCCAGCUGAUUGUCGAAAAAGAAGCUGCAUUCAAUUGUGUUGCUGAACUCGGCAAACAUCCUUUUGUGCAGUUUAAGGACGUAAGAAUUUUUGAAUUUUUGAGAACCAGUUGAUU